CAGAGAAGCAGCUAAACUCCAGCAGCUCCAGCAGCUCCAGCAGCUCUCCCCCUCCAGCAGCUCUCUCUCCUCUCCUCUCCUCUCUGUGGAUCCUCUCUGACCCUCCAGACGGACCCGCCGAGCAGCGCUGCGCUGCGGGGACAGACCCGGACCCCUCUCCCUCCUCCCUGCUGCGGAGGCCCCGCGCUACCUCUCUCCUCUCUCCCCCUCCAGCAGGCCUCCAGCCCGCCUCCAGCCCGGACCUCCGCUCCGCUCUCCUCCCGGACAAUGGACGGAUUCACCGGCAGCUUAGAUGACAGCAUGUCCGGAGCGAGUGUGUCAGAUGUCAACGAUCGUCUUUCUGCUCUGGAGCUUCGUGUUCAGCAGCAGGAAGAUGAGUUGACGGUGAUGAAAGCUGCUCUCGCUGAUGUCCUUCGCCGCCUCGCCGCCUCCGAAGUCUCCACUUCCUCCUCGACCAAGAAACAACAUGGAGGGAAAGGUGGUGCUGCGCUGCGUGAAGCCUACUCAAUGUCUUGUAUUGCUAACGGAGGAACAUCUGGACGAAAGAGAGACUCCACCUCCGUCACCAGGAAGGACACACUAUCGUCUGCUGCCAAGAGUGGAGCAGACAGGAAGAAGGAGGUCAGCAGCCAGCGGUCUCAGAUGGAGGAGAUCCAGGAACGUGAGGAGCCUCCUCGCCAAAAGGACCUGUCCCCGUCUCCCUCCUCCCCCCAACCUCCCCAGAGUCCCCAGACCCCCCAGACCCCCCAGCAGCAGAGACCAGCCCAGUCCGCUGACAGCAGUAAAGGCCACGUUCCUCCCAAAAGGGGGCCCAGUGUGAAGCGAUCCCCAGGUAUGGAGCGGUCUCAGAGCAGCACCUGGGACUCUUCAGAGGACAACAGGAACAAACUGGUGAAAGCUGCGUCGACCUCCAAACUGCUCGCCAAGGUGGUGAAGAACGCUGACAGACACAAAGACGUGGUGGUCAGUCAAGCCAAAAUGUCGACACGAGAGAAAAACAGCCAAGCUGAUGUGUGUUGUGUUUCAGAGGGGAGUCACAUCAAGAUGUUCAUGCGCGGUCGACCAAUCACCAUGUUCAUCCCUUCAGACGUAGAAAACUACGAAGACGUUCGGACAGAACUUCCUUCAGAAAGACUGAAGCUGGAAUGGGUGUAUGGUUACCGCGGCAGAGACUGCAGAGCGAAUGUUUACCUCCUUCCAACUGGAGAAAUCGUUUACUUCGUCGCUUCCGUCGUCGCUCUGUUUAACUACGAAGAACGGACUCAGAGACAUUACCUCGGACACACCGACUGCGUCAAGUGUCUGGCCAUCCACCCUGAUAAGAUCCGGAUCGCUACAGGACAGAUCGCAGGAGUGGACAAAGAUGGACGGGCUCUACAGCCUCAUGUCCGGAUUUGGGACAGCGUCAGUCUGUCCACUCUGCAGGUUGUCGGUUUGGGAACAUUCGAGCGAGGCGUCGGCUCUCUGGCUUUCUCCAAAGCUGACUCGGGUCAGCACCUGAGUGUUGUUGACGACUGCAACGAUCACAUGUUGACCGUUUGGGAUUGGCAGAAGAAGUCAAAGAUCGCUGAGAUCAAGAGCACUAACGAGGUGGUCCUGGCGGUGGAGUUCCACCCUACAGACCCUAACACCAUCGUCACCUGUGGAAAGUCCCACAUCUUCUUCUGGACCUGGUCUGGGAACUCGCUGGCUCGUAAACAGGGAAUCUUUGGGAAAUACGAGAAGCCGAAGUUCGUUCAGUGUCUGGCCUUCCUGAGUACCGGAGACAUCCUGACCGGAGACUCUGGAGGAGUACUGCUGGUCUGGACCAGAAGCUCUGCUGAGACCCCCACCGGGAAGGGGACCAGAGCCUUUCAGAUCAGUCGGCAGGUCAAAGGUCAUGAGGGAAGUGUGUUCUGUGUGUGUGAAAUGAGGAGCGGCACUCUGCUGACCGGAGGAGGUAAAGACCGAAAAAUCAUCCUGUGGGACCACGAGCUGAGAUCUGACCGCGACAUCGAGGUCCCGGAUCAGUACGGAACCAUCAGAGCGGUUUCUGAGGGGAAGGGGGACGAGUUUCUGGUCGGGACGUCUCGUAAUUUCAUCCUGAGAGGAACUUUCAACGACGGCUUCCUGGUGGAGGUCCAGGGUCACACAGAUGAGCUCUGGGGUUUGGCGUCCCACCCGUCCAGAGGGAUGUUUCUGACGUGCGCUCAGGACCGGCUGGUCUGUGUCUGGAGCUCCGUGGAUCACAGUCUCCAAUGGAGCCGCACGCUGGAGGAACACGGACACUGUGCAGACUUCCAUCCCAGCGGAGCCGUGGUUGCCAUAGGAACCCACUCAGGAAAGUGGUACGUUCUGGAUGCGGAGACCACGGACUUGGUGGCGAUCCACACCGACGGCAACGAGCAGCUGUCAGUGAUGCGUUUCUCUGUCGUAGAUGGCGGUCUGUUGGCGGUUGGAUCUCAUGAUAACUUUAUUUACCUCUACACCGUCUCCGAGAGAGGACGCAAGUACAGCCGAUACGGGAAGUGUACGGGACAUUCCAGCUACAUCACACACCUGGACUGGUCACCUGACAACAAUUUCAUCAUGUCCAACUCUGGAGACUACGAGAUCCUCUACUGGGACGUUCCAAAUGGUUGUAAACUGAUCAGAAAUCGCUCCGAGUGUAAAGACAUCGACUGGGCGACCUACACCUGUGUACUGGGAUACCACGUGUUCGGUGUGUGGCCGGAGGGCUCAGACGGCACCGACAUCAACGCUCUGAUCAGAUCUCACAACAGGAAGGUGAUCGCUCUGGCUGACGACUUCUGUAAAGUUCACCUGUUUGCCUACCCGUGCUCCACGCCCAAGGCUCCCAGUCAUAAGUACAGCGCCCACAGCAGUCAUGUGACCAACGUCAGCUUCCUGUAUAACGACAGUCACCUGAUCUCGACGGGGGGGAAGGACACCAGCAUCAUGCAGUGGCGUUUGGUGGAAAAGUCUUCGCUGUCUCUCACCGACGGCCUCCUCUCUAACUCCGCCCCCCAUCGGGCGGACCCCAUAUUUACCCCGCCUCCUCCCGGAGCAGCCACGCCCACACCGGAACCCGUCCUUCCCCCGACAGCCAAUGGGACACAAGAACCCUCCCCGGACACCCCGCCCCCCAUAGAGCUAGCCCCGCCCAUAUCCGAGUUAACCCCGCCCCGUUCCGAGUCGACCCCGCCCCCCUCGGACAGCACGGUGAGUCUGAAGGACAGCCUGGAGCCGAGCGACGACACCGCCACGCCCAGCGACGAAGGGCUGCCCCCCCUCACCCCGCCCUCAUAGGCCCAGAGCGUCUGUGUGUGUGUGUGAGUGUUGGUACAGCUAUCUUUGUGAGGACCAGACGGUAAAGGGGGGGGGGGACACUUUUUAAAUGUCUGUUUGAGGGUUCAGACUUGGUUUUAAGGUUGGAUCAGGUCUACGUUCAGUGGAUGUGGGUUGGGGUUAGGCAUGUAGCUGUGAUGGUUCAGUAAGAGUUAAUACAACAGGAUUAAUCACAACUCAAAUCACAGAGAGGGUUAGGGUGACAUUCAGUACAUUCAGUUGGACUUCCUCAGGAUAUCAUCAUCUCUGACGUCCAAUCAGAAGAAACGUCCAGCUGAUCUCAGAUCAGAGGAGCUGAUCUCAGACCAGAGGAGCUGAUCUCAGAUCAGAGGAGCUGAUCUCAGACCAGAGGAGCUGAUCUCUGAUCUCAGACCAGAGGAGCUGAUCUCAGACCAGAGGAGCUGAUCUCUGAUCUCAGACCAGAGGAGCUGAUCUCAGACCAGAGGAGCUGAUCUCAGACCAGAGGAGCUGAUCACAGAUCAGAGGAGCUGAUCUCUGAUAUCAGACCAGAGGAGCUGAUCACAGAUCAGAGGAGCUGAUCUCUGAUAUCAGACCAGAGGAGCUGAUCUCAGACCAGAGGAGCUGAUCUCUGAUCUCAGAUCAGAGGAGCUGAUCACAGAUCAGAGGAGCUGAUCUCAGACCAGUCUGUUAAUGUCGACAGUUGACUACAUGUGAAUCAAUAGAAACAAAGAAUGGUCGUGGUAAGAGGCGAGGGCAUGUUAUGUCAGUGAGGGUCCUCACAAGGAUAGAAGUAUGUGUGUGUGCGUGCGUGCGUGCGUGCGUCGGGACUCAAACCUGUGGCUGUGUCACAUGUUUCUUCACAUCAGUUAAAAUAAACUUUCCUUCGGUUUAAACAAACAUGAUGUCACAGUUUGAAACACCUGGAGAGUGUGAUUUACCUGAGCAAAGAUACCUGUCACACCUGGAGAGUGGGAUUUACCUGAGCAAAGAUAGGGUUAGUUUAUAAUGUCACCUUGGUCCAGGUGUGCGUUCUACCUGUCUGCCACAGGGGUCAGCAGAGAGCAGAGGACAAGUUUGAACACCUGAACAGGGUGAGACACUUGGACGAGACAAAAGACUGAAAACUGACAGGUGUGACAGUCGUCUUUUCAGGUGACUUUUUCUCCUCCAAUGAGAGCAGAGCAGUCGAACAGGAAGUGAACAGGAAGUUUUAAAUGUCUUUUAGAAACUGGUUGUUUUUUUAAUUUGGCUUAAAACUGUCAGAACCAGUCCGGUCUGGUUUUGAGAGACACAGUUCUUGGACCUGUUUCGAGAGCUGGAGACGGAUCAGCUUCAGUGUAGUGUUGCGAGAUCAAGAACAUAAUGAUGUAAACAGGAAGUAGACAGGAAGUAGACAGGACAUGUGACCUCCAGAGUAAAAACUGUGACUUUAAUGUUUUUGUUAAUCAGAAGUGGAUCAGAGUGAGACGUCUCUCUCACAGAGGAUCUGUCUGUAUAUACUGCAGGUAUCUGUGUGUAUAUUUCUGUUUACCACCAGGGGGGGGGGCAGCAGCUCCUCAGCUACACUGUAAAAAAUCACAUUCAACACUCACAUCUCUCAGCCAAUCAGGUCACAGGAAACACAGGAGCUCCUCUCCCCUGAUUGGCUGGAUUUCAGUGACUUACUGCUGAUGAUGUUUGUUUUUGUCUCUUCUGGACCAUUUCUGUUCAAAAUGUUUUCUGAAUGUCAUGAUGUCAUGAUGAUGUCACUCCGGGUGGGGCGGGGCCUAUCAGGGGAAGGAGAGGGUGGGGGGGUGUCAUUCAUGUUUUUGCCUUUUUAAUACUUUUCAUCUUUAAUAUCUUCAUCUUUUCUACGCUCGUCACUCUGAAGGGCUUGUACAGAGUUCAGGGACUCACCUGAUGUUCAGGGACUCUGGAUGUUAACAAGGGACUCACUGGAUAUUCAGGGACUCACUGGAUAUUCAGGGACUCACCUGAUGUUCAGGGAGGGGCAGGGUUACAGGAGGGCGGGGUCUUGUGGGAGAUUCUGGAUUCAAGUGUUUGUUUAUUUUACAGUGUUCAGUAACGACAUUGAUACCCAUGAUGAUGAUGAUGAUGAUGAUGAUGAUGAUGAUGUUCAUGUGACUGUUUUGAGCCAAUCAUGUCUUCUCUUAUGCAUUCCUGUCAGACGACAGACUGUACUGAAGAUUUCAACAAAAAAAUGCAAAUAAAUGUUUUCAAAACUGA